UCCUGGUCGUUGCUAACAACCUGCUGCCUGCAACUUCGCCUGUCCACUGUCCCCUCAUGCAUCGGGGCCUUCCAGCUGUGGUGUUUUCGGGAUGUGUGUGAGGAUGAAGCCGUGUCGACUGUGAGUGCGGUGUGACUCUCAGCUCCGUGCAGGCUGCAUGGUGCUCCGUGUCUCUCUGCCUGCUCUCUGACGCUUGGGGUUUGCAGUCUGGCCUCCAGCCGCGGCUGCGAAUUAACUUCAUUUCUCAGCGUCGCCCUUUGCUCUGAAAUCAUGUUUAUUUUAUAAAGAUGGCGGUGAGGGGGACACUGUGAACUAAAUGACUGUCAGAAACAUCGCCUCCAUUUGUAAUAUGGGCACCAAUGCCUCUGCUCUGGAGAAAGACAUCGGCCCGGAGCAAUUCCCAAUCAAUGAACACUACUUUGGAUUGGUCAACUUUGGAAACACAUGUUACUGUAACUCAGUGCUCCAGGCUCUCUACUUCUGCCGGCCUUUCCGGGAGAACGUGCUUGCUUACAAAGCCCAGCAGAAGAAGAAGGAGAACCUGCUCACAUGCCUGGCUGACCUCUUCCACUCCAUUGCAACACAGAAAAAGAAAGUGGGCGUCAUCCCGCCCAAGAAGUUCAUUUCCCGCUUACGGAAAGAAAACGAUCUGUUCGACAACUACAUGCAACAGGAUGCCCACGAAUUCCUCAACUACCUGCUGAACACGGUGGCCGACAUCCUGCAAGAGGAAAAAAAGCAGGAAAAGCAGAACGGGCGCCUUAAAAACAACGGCACUGCUGUCACCACGGAGACCGAGACGGAGAACAAGACAGAGCCCACAUGGGUUCACGAUAUCUUCCAGGGCACACUGACCAAUGAGACACGCUGCCUCAACUGUGAAACGGUGAGCAGCAAAGACGAAGAUUUUCUGGAUCUUUCUGUGGAUGUGGAGCAGAACACAUCAAUAACACACUGUCUCAGGGACUUCAGCAACACAGAGACUUUGUGCAGUGAAUACAAAUACUACUGUGAGACAUGCUGCAGCAAGCAGGAAGCACAGAAGCGGAUGCGUGUGAAGAAGCUUCCUAUGAUCCUGGCACUACACCUGAAGAGGUUCAAGUACAUGGAGCAGCUGCACCGCUACACCAAGCUGUCCUAUCGGGUGGUUUUCCCCCUCGAACUCCGUCUGUUCAACACGUCUGGGGAUGCAGUCAACCUGGAUCGCAUGUACGAUCUAGUGGCGGUGGUGGUUCACUGUGGCAGUGGCCCAAAUAGAGGUCAUUACAUCACCAUAGUGAAGAGUCACGGCUUCUGGCUGCUGUUUGAUGAUGACAUUGUGGAGAAAAUUGAUGCCCAGGCCAUCGAGGAGUUUUACGGGCUUACCUCAGACAUCUCCAAGAACUCUGAGUCAGGAUACAUCCUCUUCUACCAGUCCAGGGAGUGACUGGAGCUGCAUCAGUGACACAGGAGAAGACUGAAUAGGAUGAGACCUUUUUUUUGUUUUGUUUUGUUUUGUUUUUUGUUUUUUUUGUACCUUCAGCCUAACAGACCCAGACUCCAGCCGUCUCCAUCCCAUCCUGUUCCCAUUCUCCAAGUCAGACCUCUCUGAUGUUCGUGCGUGCCAAUCCUCUGUCCCAACCCCAACCUCCGGGUUAACAUGUGCUUCAUCUUUCUUUCUCUCUCUGUGUAAUUUGCUUCUUGCCUUUUAGUCACCUGCAUCUGGACUGCACUUUAAAACAAAAGCAAAAAUGCUCAACAGCAUGUCGGAAACAAAAAAGGAGCGUUCGUUCACACCGAGCGUCUCAGGCUUGGUGUGUAGACUGGUGGGAGAAGCCUGCAGAGGUGAUUGUCUACGUGGUGCGGUGAAGGGUCUGGUGCACAUACAGACUGUUGUCUGAAAUUGUACUAUAUCAUUUAUAUGUAUAUAAGGUCUUCUUCCGUGAUGCGUCACCCCCUGUUAUCUCCUUUCAUUAGGGCUAUUUUCCUCAUCAUCACUGUCCAGUCCUUUGUUCAUGUCCCUGGUGGAUGCAUGAGACUUAUAUGAAGUUGGAGACAGACACUGUAUAAUACGCAUAGAGAGGUUUCAUGCAUUUUCAGUGGUUUUGAAGCAAUAUCUGAGCAUUAAUGAGAGAACUCACAAGCUGAAAACUACCUAAACUUCAACAGUUGACAGUGUGUAGAGGUUGUGUUGUCCCGCAGACAAUCACUCUGUGAGCUGCUGUCUGUCUGCUGUGACAACUCGGUGUCUGUCUAACCACAUAUGAUCAACACUUAACCCAACUGAGCCAAAUGCUCCCAACACUACACGUGAAAGGAAAUCCUGUUUUCUCUGGAUCUCCAUUCAAAUCAGCCGAAUCUUUAUAAUUUUUUAUUCUGAUCAAAAACCCAUAUUUAUUGUACUUAACAUAUUUAUUACUGUUAUUUGUAAUGCAGACUGGUCAAUAAUGAAGGGGUGUGUGUGUGUAAUAUGGCUCUUCUUAGAGCUCUGUAUGUGAGGGUACUUGUGUCGAGGCUCGCAGUGUGAAGGAUAUAGUGUAUGUGAUACACGACUUAAGAGUACAGCUGAAAGAAAACUGGUUUUAAUUUUGUCGGUUGCAUGUUAAAGGUCCAGUGUGUAGGAUUUAGGGGGAUAUAUCAGCAGAAAUGGAAUAUAACAUAACAAGUAUGUUUUCUUUCAUGUGUAAUUUCCUGCAGAUAAGAAUUUUUCGUUAACUUAGAAUCAGCCAGUUACAUACGGACUGGGUCUUUGUCCCAGGAGUCUGCCAUGUUGCACUGCCAUGUUUCUGCAGUAGCCCAGAACAGAUGAAACAAACACUGCCUCUAGAUGGGGCCAUUCACGAUUUCGCGUCUGCCACUGUAGUUAGCAGCCCCUCCACGAUGACAGCAUUGGAAAAACACAGUUUGUUGUUGUUGUUGUUGUUUUUUUGUUUUUUUUUACAUAAAACUGCUUCAUUUAGUGGUUUUAUGGGUUUAAAUCACCAGUUCUGUUUGUUUAGAGAGGAGGAGACCUCUGGGGAUAAUUUGGCUCCUGAUAAAAAAAAACCCUGAACGUCUGGGGCCGUAUUCACAAAGCUUCCUAGUACAAAGAUUUGCUCUUAGAGACAAAAUUCUAAGAAAAUUCUUAGAAUUAUGACGUUCUCGAAGGAUUCCCCUUAAAGUUAAGACUGGAUCCCGGUAAAGAUAAAAAUGAUUCACAAAGCAUCUUAGCCCUAAGAGAGCCCCUUCGGUGAAAAACUGUGAGGUGUAGGGAGGAGGACUUUUAAGAGUCUUAAUCAGAGGAGAAAAUGGUGAAAACACAAAGAGGUCAGAGAAAUAUUCUCCAAACAAUGAAUGAACAAAAUGCUACAGAUAAGAUUGUGCAGGAAUAAUGUUUGUGGUUAAUCUCAUGAGGGAUACGCACACAUUUCAACCCAACGCAAUAACGCCAGAAAUUAAAUGAUCACUUACUCAGAUAUUUGGAAAACUGGAAAAAUUCAACACUCUGGCAGUGAUGACUUUUGUCUCCCUCAAACUUCCAUCAGCAGAGUGAUCACACUAACAGUGACAACACUUUCAAAGUCUCAUAUUGUGAUGCAGUUCACUUCCACUGGGUGUCCACACCUUGAAGGCUCACAAAAGGGCAUGUCUGUGACAACCAAUCACAUCUGUUAAAAGAAUGUGUCAUACCUAGCAACAGGGUCAACCACACCUCCUCACUAAGACAAGAGUUCCUGUCCCUUCCUUUCCUAAAUCACUCCUAAGCUAGGACUUACUAAAAAUGUUUAGGCUAAGUUAGGAGCUCUCUGUUACCCCUUUUCCACCAAAGCAGUUCCAGUGCUGGUUCGGGACCGGUGCUUAAUUUGGAACCGGUUUUCCUGUUUCGACAGACAAAAGAACUGGCUCUGGGCCAGAAAGAAACGGUUCCAGAGUGGCACCAGUUCUUUGCUGGACUAGAAGAACGAACCACAUAUGUCACGGGGAAGGAGGCGGGGUUAUUGAGACCAUGUUAGGUUAUUACCUGUCUUCUGGAACGUAAUCGCCGCCCAUACAAAUCUUGUCGAGCAGGACAAAUACGAUGUGUCUGCCGUGUUUGGAUGCCGAUGAAGCCUCAUAGAGCCAGGAGUAACAGCUGCACAAAUACGUGGUCCAGCAUCUUUGUUGUUGUUGUUCCUUUGAGUUUGGCGCCAGUGGGAAAGCAACGACGUAACUGACGUAUACAGUGACGCAAUGACGUGGCACCCUAACCACCUUGAGCCGUGGAAAAGCAAAUUGGAUCUCAGCUGGUUCGCAAGUUGAACCAACUGAGAACCAGAACCAGCACCAGCACUGGAACUGCUUUGGUGAUAAAAGGGUAUGAGAGUGUCCUCAGAAGGUUUUUGUGAAUACAGCCCCUGGAUCUUCAGUUAUCAGAAAUAAAAUGUGAGCUCACAUGAGUAGGUGCUGGGCUAGCGGCCUGUCUGAGACGUGAAGGAGAAGACCUCUGUGGAUAAUUCAGCUCCCAGUAAUAACCUCCUCAACAGUAAACACUGAAUAAAUUCUAACUGGGAGAAAUUUCAGCUGGUUGCGAUCUGUAAUCCUCAUUGCUAGAUACCACUUAACCCCCCUAAUCUUACAUACUGUUCCUCUAAAUCAAAAGAUGAGAUGGAUUAACAUGAUGCAAGUGGAAUAACCCACAACUGCCCAAUUUUUUUAACUGACACAAGAAGUGAAAAUAAGUGCAAUAAGAGUUGAAGCUCUCCAUUGUGGAAGUUCCCAGUGAGACUAAUAUGAAGUACAGUUAAAUGUUAGUUGUAGAUGUGUUUCUUCAUGGCUGAUUUUUCCCCAGUGCUGUGUGUUUGUGUGCUUGUGAUAAAUGCUCCCGUUUUUUUUUUGUUUGUUUCUUUGUUUGUUUUUUCAAAACUUAACGCGGCAGUGUCUUUUCUUUUUUCAUUCUCUUGGUUUGUCUCUGACUUUAUUGACGUAAAUUGUGUGUCAUAUGUAGCACAUUUCUAAAUCCCCAUAGAUGGCAAAUUAGAGCUUCAGUGUUGAUUCAUCCCAUGUACUGUAGAUGUUUUUCUCUUUGGCCCGUUCCCCAGGGUUUGUGGCCGUGCCCCUGUAGGAUAGUGCGUCAUCAGACAGCUUGUUUUCAUGUGAAUGACAUUCCUAUUUGCUGCACAUCAGCGGAAUUACCAUUUCAAAUGCAUCUCAUUAUAAAUAAGAGGUAGGAAUAGGAUGAAUUUCCUAGCGUAGUGUCUGUGUCUAAUCAGGAGAGGCAAAAUUUGAAGUGAUAAUAGUGAAAGUCUGGGUGUUGAAUGCACUUGUUUCUGCUGUCUCUUCCAUUUCGUCUGUUACUGGGUGGAGUCAUGAGGAAUACGUGCCAAACUGGAGUCGAUACCGACCUUGCAAACAGUCUUUAACAGAACAUUAUUUUCUUUGUAAAGAUACAACUGUACAUAUAUAUUAUGUAGAAAAAACACUUCUGGAAAUAGGAAAAAAAUAUUUUUUUAAAGCGAAGAUCUUAAAAUGUAAAGACACUCAUGGCAAAGAUUUUAGCUUAACGCUGAGCAUUAAUGAAACCCUGUUAAGAAAUACUGUGCUAUUUUACAAUCACUCAAUUACAUAAUCAAUCAGAUUCGUGCAGAAGUCACCAUCUGUCAUUUUAUUGCUUUUUUUCUGGGUUUAAAUGAGCCAGGUUAGAAAACAGUAGCAGGUUUAGUCUGACACGUUUUAGACCCGGGGUGAGAGACUCUUAAUGCGCUGAUCUUCCAUUAACACUUAUGCACUUGCCCUCACUGAGACGCUCAGUCGUUGCACUUGGUCUGAUAUAUCUUACUUUGAUAGUGAUCUACCUAGGAGAGCUCCGGUGCAGAGAGUCCUGCGCCCGGUGGGAUCUGAUUGAGCUUGUGGGAGGGAAAGGGGAGAUGAAUUCGAGUCUCCAUUUGGUUGUAAACUGAAAGUGCACUUUAUUAGUGAUGAGCUUAAAUGCUUUAACAUGAAGAACCACACUUUAACACACUCAUUUUUGAGUUUUUUCUGUUCAAUAAAAUAACGCUCAACUACCUUGCUGUCAUGUUUGUUUUUAUUUCCCUGCUGCUUCCUGUUAUUGACCGAAGUGAGUGACAAUGGCUUCUUCGCUUCCUUUGUAGCCAUGCUAGCAGCGUUAAUGCAGCAGUUGGUCGGUCUAACACUUUGCUCCAGAAUGACUGACAAAGUGAGGUUAAUCAGUAACUCUAGAUUUGCCAUAGGUGUGAAUGUAAGCGUGAGUGAUGGCUGUCUCCAUGUGUCAGCCCUGUGAUAGUCUCCACUUUGGGUACUUUGCUUGGCGUGCUGCCCCUGUGGCCCCUGCUUCCCUCUGAUGUGGAAGUUUUAACCUGACCUGAACUGAACUGUGUCCUUGAACAAAUUUCAUCUG